CUGUCCUCCUUCAACGUAAGCUCCUGACAGCACAAAUGGCUGCCAUCAAGAAUGUUGAUAAGUUCUGGAUUUUGUAAAUAAUUUCCGAUCGAAGUUAAUUCUAAGUGCUUCACAACAUAGUUUUUUGUGUACAUAGUUAUUUGUGUGGUUUUCAAUCGGAAAAUGUUUAUCCAGGAGCCUGUACAGGCUGCCAUAUGGCAUUGUUUGAAUCACUACGAUUAUGCAGAUGCUAUUUUCCUUGCAGAAAGGCUCAGGGCUGAAGUUGAUUCGGAUGAAACGCUUUUCCUCCUCGCAACUUGUUACUAUCGUUCUGGGAAGCCAAGUCAAGCUUAUACAAUACUCCAGUCAAAAGGAAGCAAAUCUGCGCAAUGCAAAUUCCUCCUUGCGAAAUGUUGCCUAGAUCUGCACAAAUUUUCAGAGGCCGAAUCCAUUCUUACCGGAGGUGAUGUAAUUAAAUCACGGAACCUUGAAGAGGUAACCAAUGAGUUCGGAGAACAUGCUGCGUUUGCAUUGCAACUAAUCGCCAAGAUCUGCUAUCAAACAGAGAGGUCUGUGCGGGCAGCAGAAGCCUGCCGACGGGCACUGAAAUUAAAUCCAUUUCUAUGGAGUGUCUUCGAGCUCCUGUGUGAUCGUGGAGAAAAGCCCGAUCCUAAUCGGAUCUUUCAGACUGGGUCCUUGGAAAGCUUCAGUAACUGUCACGGCACAUCCAAUCAAGCCAUUAACACCACCAACGUUCAAUUUACAAGCUGUCUCGAGCGGAACCUCAGUCAUGAUCCCCCUGUCAACAAUAAGUUUAGGACUCCCGUGCAAACACUUAACAUGAUAAGUAAUAACAAUCGGACCACUACAGGCCGAAUGUACACACCUGACGAAAAUCCUAUCCAGUCUCUGCCUAAAGUCUCAAAACUCAACAGACGCCUAAAUGUGCUCUCUGGCAAUGGUAAUUUUAGUCCUUUGACUCCCAGUUUUGGGAUAUUGCCUCUAGAGACUCCACCAAGUCCUUGUGAAUCAACCAAUCAUCCGUCACCUCCCUACGUCAUAUCAUCUCUAUCAACAUUGACUGAAGCCAACGAUCAGAAAAAUAAUGUAAAAAUUUUGAUGAGUUCAUACACACCUUCGCCGAAACCGGUUUUCAGUCAGUCAGCCGGCAACCAUAGUCUGAUCCCUUCUACACCAGCUGUUGCACCUCCUUUACAGUCAACGCAGAAUGUUAGACGCAGCUCUAGACUUUUUAGCAAUAGUUACUCAGUUAAGGAAAAUAAUAAAAGUCCAAAUAGGAAUCAGUUUGUAACUCCAAAAUCACCAUUGCGCAAGUCCAAAGCUAAUAGAGUAUCAAAAACCAACAAAGCUCUGCAAUAUAAUGAAUUGAAUGAAAAAAAUAAUAGGGAACGAAGUUCAUUAAUUGAAUCUAUGACGACGGCAGAGACAAAUGCAAUCAUCAGCAACAAUGCGCAGAAUUUGGUCAUCUUACAAAAGCAGUCUGUCGAAGGACUGAUGCAACUAUUGAAACAACUGGGUGGAGCUUAUGUUCAUUUGGCACAAUAUAAUUGUCGAAAAGCCAUUGAGUGUUUGAAGACCCUACCAUCACAGCAUUUUAAUACAGGUUAUGUUCUGUCUUUAAUGGGCCGAGCAUACUUUGACUUACCUCAAUAUCAGAACUGCGUCAAGUAUUUCCAACGUGUGAGAGAGCUAGAACCUCAUCGAGAUAAUAUGAUGGAAAUUUAUAGUACUGCCCUGUGGCACCUACAACAAGAAGUCAAACUGUCAGCAUUAGCCCAAGAAUUAGUUGCAUUAGACAAAAACAGUGCAGCCACAUGGUGUGUCACUGGGAACUGUUUUAGCCUCCAAAAAGAACAUGACACGGCCAUCAAAUUUUUUCAAAGAGCGAUUCAGGUUGACCCGAAUUUUGCAUACGCUUAUACACUUUUAGGACAUGAAUAUGUAGCAACAGAGGAACUCGAUAAGGCCCUAAAUUGUUUCAGGAAUGCUGUCCGUUUAGACCCUAGGCAUUAUAAUGCAUGGUAUGGAAUAGGUGCUAUAUUUUUCAAACAAGAAAAGUUUCAACUGAGUGAAAUCCAUUACAAAAGAGCCCUACAAUGUAAUCCUAACAGCUCUGUCCUCAUGUGCCACAUUGGUCUGGUACAAAAUGCCCUAAAGAAAACUGAAAAGGCUAUUAGAACGUUCACGAAUGCUAUCCAAAUGAACCCAGGGAAUCCACAACCCAAGUUUCAACGUGCAAAUAUAUAUUUUGUCACCGGCAGACAUGCUGAGGCAUUGAAAGAAUUAGAAGAGCUUAAGGAGCUUGUCCCCAAAGAAUCUCUAGUCUACUAUGUAACUGGCAAGGUUCAUAAGAAGUUAGGUAAUACAGAUUUAGCAUUAAUGCAUUUUAGUUGGGCUACUGACCUUGAUCCAAAAGGUGUCAACAAUCAAAUCAAAGAGGCAAUUGACCCUGCAAUGAACCGAAGUAGUGCUGAUGAUGCUGCAGGCGAUGAGUUUGCUAAUGAAGUGAAUUCAGCACCGGCAGAAGAAUCGUCAUCGCAAGAAGAUAUCAGUAGAGACUUCCCACUAUUGCAACAAAUGCCAGACAGUGAUGAAAGUCUAUAAUCCUCCGUUCGCUCUGCUUGAUUUGUUUCCAAAAAUUCCUCAUACUAGUGAAAUAAUCUAAUAAGGUUUCAUUUUUAUCUGUUUUAUUAUUCCCUACUAAAUCUAAGAGUGCAAGUAGCUAAAUCGUUUAUUGUACAUAACUGUAAGUUGUAUUGUUUAAUUGGUGAAUACGGAGUAGAAAUAACAAUCAAUGAUCGUGGACCUCAAUAAGCAUGUCAUUUAAAAAAAGGAUGUAUGAGUCAGUUCUUGCUAAUUUUUGGCACUAUGUACAUAUAUCAGGUGUGAUUGCUCUUGCAGAUACUGGACUUACUAAUCCCUGUCCACCACACCGAUAGCGUAUGUAUUAUAUUGCUGAUAUGUUGCUUAUUUUUCCUUCGUUUUUUAUUAGUUUAAUACGUUUGUAGAGAGAAAGGAUGAUUUUUAUCGUUUGUUUUAUAAAAUCGUGGUUUGUACAUUGAUUUCAUUCUUUCCCCUUUUCUCUUAUUUUCCUGUCUUCUUUUUAAUAAUUUAUUAGAAAAAUUAUCAUUGUUUACCUUUAUCUGGCAAGAAUGUUAUGUAAAUACAUCAGUCUGAACAAUUCUCUCGCUUCUUUUUUAAAAAAAUGGAAGUUCCAGGAAGACACGUUAAUUUAUGUUUUUCAUCCAAAAUCUCAAAAAUCCAAAAUUACUCAAGUAAACCCUGCAAUUUUUUUAGACUGAACAGAAUGCUUUCUUUAUGUACUGUAGCACUUUCUCAUUUUCAAUAACAUUGGAUACAUAAUUUUCAUUUUCAAUAAAUUGAACACAGGUGACAGCUAUAUUUUUUCUAUUUUGUGUUUUUAACAUUGUUCCGGGUAUCCUCUCUUCACGCGGUAACUUUUCAAUCCAUCAGUUGAACACUAUGCAAGAUCUUUUCUGAAAAAAUUAGGUUAUCAAGUGUCCAAAAAUUAUUUACACCUGACAUUCUACGCUGUAUCCAUAAAUUUACAAUUUUAACGUUACAUUGUUACCAUCGUGAAAUUGGUAUUUUUUUAAUGCAGAGGAAAAACUUCUUGUAGGCCUCUACUGGGAUAAUUUCAUCAAACUAGUUCCCUCAAACUUUGGCACAGUCAAGAAUAACUUACUUCCGAGUUAUGCAGAUUCAGGCAAAAUAUGUACUACUUACUUUUAAAAACUGAAGUUGUUUUCUGUUCUUUUUUUUCGUUACAGUCCUCAUGAAAAUGGCCAGUUUUAAGCCGUACGCUUUUUAUUGAAAGUUUUAACAAGCCAUUGAUAUGAAAACGACUUAUUUUGUGAUAUAAGAAGGUCCGAAUCAAAUAACGAUAGCAUGAUCUUAGUCUUUUCAUUCAUCUCUUUUUUUUCUAAUUUUAAAUUCUGCGUGAGUUACAUCCCUGUCAAAGCUAUAGAUCUCUGGUUCAUUCAGCAUUUAAUAUCAAGUGACAAAUCUUCCUCUCAAAAAUCUGUUCGGAUAAUUACUACAUUUUUAGUAAAACUUUUAGCCUAUUGAACCAAUUCUCUGCCUUCAAACACCUCACGACUCAUCAAGCAUUGAAUAUAGCUCCUAAAUUUCUGUACAUGUAAGUUCUCAUCUCCACAGAUUGAAGUUUUGUAAUAAAUUUAUAGAAGUUGUAAA